UUUCUUGGUAAGCGAGAAUACAAUGUUGGUAUAUAAGAGAGGUGAGCUGCCCGUGCUGUUUAGUGUGCUACACGCUCAGGAUACGGUUGGUCUUGUACCUAACACCACUCCAUCAUGUGUGACGACGACGUGAGUCCCCUGGUUGUGGACAAUGGCUCCGGCAUGGUCAAGGCUGGCUUCGCCGGCGACGACGCUCCCCGCGCCGUAUUCCCCUCCAUCGUCGGCCGUCCUCGUCACCAGGGUGUGAUGGUCGGUAUGGGUCAGAAGGACGCCUACGUCGGAGAUGAGGCCCAGAGCAAGCGAGGUAUCCUGACUCUCAAGUACCCCAUCGAGCACGGCAUCAUCACCAACUGGGACGACAUGGAGAAGAUCUGGCAUCACUCCUUCUACAACGAACUCCGAGUUGCCCCUGAGGAGUCCCCCGUCCUCCUCACUGAGGCUCCCCUCAACCCCAAGGCCAACCGUGAGAAGAUGACCCAGAUCAUGUUUGAGACCUUUGCUACACCCGCCAUGUACGUGGCCAUCCAGGCCGUGCUGUCCCUGUACGCCUCUGGUCGUACCACUGGUAUCGUGCUCGAUACCGGUGACGGUGUCACCCACACUGUCCCCAUCUACGAAGGUUAUUGUCUCCCCCACGCUAUCCUUCGUCUUGACCUGGCUGGCCGUGACUUGACUGCCUACCUUACAAAGAUCAUGACUGAGCGUGGUUAUUCCUUCACCACCACUGCUGAGCGAGAAAUCGUUCGUGACAUCAAGGAGAAGCUUUGCUAUGUCGCCCUCGACUUCGAGAAUGAGAUGAGCAUUGCUGCUGCAUCUUCAUCCCUCGAGAAGUCCUACGAACUUCCCGACGGUCAGGUCAUCACCAUCGGCAACGAACGUUUCCGUUGCCCCGAGUCUCUGUUCCAGCCUUCCUUCCUGGGUAUGGAAUCUGUUGGUAUCCACGAGACCGUCUUUAACUCCAUCAUGAGGUGCGACAUUGAUAUCAGGAAGGACCUGUUCGCCAACAACGUUCUUUCUGGUGGUACCACCAUGUACCCUGGUAUUGCUGACCGCAUGCAGAAGGAAAUCACUGCUCUGGCUCCCUCCACCAUCAAGAUCAAGAUCAUUGCUCCUCCAGAGCGUAAGUACUCCGUAUGGAUCGGUGGCUCCAUCCUGGCCUCUCUGUCCACCUUCCAGUCCAUGUGGAUCACCAAGGAGGAGUACGACGAGUCCGGCCCCGGCAUUGUCCACCGCAAGUGCUUCUAAGAAGUAUUUUCACUUAAUAUCAAACAAAUGUACAAUUCUUUUCACCUGUAUACUUCUCGCCUUCAUGUAUCAUUGAUAGCAUUUUGUACUGAAUACAUUUACAUGCAAUUUAAUAACGAAAACAACAAAUUGUGAAAAAUAUAUGAUUUUAAAAUGGU